CGGGGCGGAAGGAAGGGAGGGAGGAAAGCGGAGGAGGAGGAGGAGCCCUGGCCGCGGAUCCUCCGGAACGAAGGGGAGCCGCUGGUUUUCGCCUGGAGCGUCCCCGGCUCAGAAGGAGGCGCCAUGGGCAACUGCCACACGGUGGGCCCCAACGAGGCCCUCGUCGUCUCCGGAGGGUGCUGCGGCUCUGAUAACAAGCAGUACAUCUAUGGAGGCUGGGCCUGGGCCUGGUGGUGCAUCUCUGACACACAGAGACUGUCUUUGGAGGUUAUGACCAUCCUUUGUCGCUGUGAGAAUAUUGAGACGUCGGAGGGGGUCCCACUGUACGUAACGGGGGUCGCACAGGUGAAGAUCAUGACGGAGAAGGAGCUCCUGGCGGUGGCCUGCGAGCAGUUUCUGGGGAAGAACGUGCAAGACAUCAAGAACGUGGUCCUUCAGACGCUGGAAGGACACCUCCGCUCCAUCUUAGGGACUUUGACGGUGGAGCAGAUCUACCAAGACCGGGACCAGUUUGCCAAACUGGUGCGGGAGGUGGCGGCUCCGGAUGUCGGGCGGAUGGGCAUUGAGAUCCUCAGCUUCACCAUCAAGGACGUCUAUGACAAAGUCAGCUACCUGAGUUCGCUGGGGAAGACCCAGACGGCGAUUGUCCAGCGGGACGCGGACAUUGGGGUGGCCGAGGCGGAACGGGACGCCGGCAUCCGGGAGGCCGAGUGCAAGAAGGAAAUGCUGGACAUCAAGUUCAUGGCCGACACCAAAGUGGCCAACUCAAAGCGUGCCUUUGAAAUGCAGAAGGCUGCCUUCAGCCAAGAGAUCAACGUGAAGACGGCAGAGGCCCAGCUGGCCUAUGAGCUGCAAGGAGCCAAAGAGCAGCAGAAGAUCCGCCAGGAGGAGAUCGAGAUCGAAGUGGUUCAGCGCCGGAAGCAGAUUGACGUGGAGGAGAAGGAGAUCAUCCGCACCGAAAAGGAGCUGAUGGCCACUGUCAAGUUGCCCGCCGAAGCAGAGGCCCACCGCAUGCAGCAGAUCGCGGAGGGAGAAAAGGUGAAGCAAGUGCUGAUCGCUCGGGCCGAGGGGGAGAAGAUCCGCAAGAUUGGGGAGGCCGAGGCCCUGGUCAUCGAGGCCAUCGGCAAAGCAGAGGCCGAGAAGAUGAAGCUGAAAGCAGAGGCCUACCAGCAGUACGGAGAGGCAGCCAAGAUCGCCAUGGUGCUGGAUGCUCUGCCGCAGAUCGCGGCCAAGGUCUCUGCCCCUCUCUCCAAAGUGGACGAGAUCGUCAUCCUCAGCGGGGAGAACCACAAACUGACCUCCGACUUGAACCGGCUCCUGGCGGAGGUCCCUGCCUCAGUGCACGCUCUCACCGGGGUGGACCUCUCUAAGAUCCCGCUCAUCCAGAAGGCCACGGGAGCCAAAGCCUGAGAGGAGACCGGUCAGUGAAGAGCAGCACCCCUUUCCCUCCCUUCGGCUGACACCGGGAUCAAGAUCAUAGGGCCGGGGUUGGGUGGCCGGGCCUACAUUCGGGUGCCUUAUAUCCCUCCGAGGAUCAGAACGUCCUUAUCAUUUCCGAGAGAGGUUUCCUCCUCUUUCCCGCUCUGCUGCGCUCGCCAAACCCCUUCUCUGUCUCGUCCGCUCUCGCAAAAAAAGUCUGUGCCUUGAAUGACCCCUGUUAUUAUAUAUAUAUAUAUAUAUUUACACACAACCGGGUUGCUCUUGGGUCGGGGCAGUUCUCUCUUUGUGCUUCUUUGCCACGGCUAUCUGAGCCAUAUCUGCUAACCAUUCGAACCGCCCCAGGACUCUUUUUUGGGUUCGGUGGCCUUUGAGCCGGAAUCGUUCUUCUCCUUCUGCAAAGCCUCUAUUUUUGGGGAUUUGUCCUCUGGAAACUUCCAGGGGUGGCCCUCUCCGUUGCCAAGGAUAAACGCUCCGAAACGCAGCUUUAUAAUGUCGCAUGUUUAUAAUUCUACAAAUUUCAAGCUCUGAGACCCUUCGGUUUGCUUCCGAAUUCCCCUCUACUUUUCUCGUUCCUGGAGAAGCAUGUGGCCUCCUCCUUUGUGUUGCUUUCAAACCAUUAUUAUACUUUUUAUUUUAUUAUACUUGUAAUAUACGUUUUCCAAAUGCUGCAUGCCGGCUUACCUUCUCCCCUUGUCGGGACCCUUUUUGAGAGUUUUUCUCCCUUCUCGUCCACACAUAAUUCCCUCUCUCUAUCCUGCCAUUGCCCUCCUCGGUUUCAAAUACAAAGCGGUGCCAAUUGCUGUGCCGGUUUCCCCUUUUUUUAAUUCCAUGGCCUCAAACCCAAUGGACGAAGGGUGCGUUUGCGCCCCAUUUGGAAGCCUCUCAGGUUGUUUUGGGGAUAGACUAUUUUUGGGACCUCCAAUUUCACUCCACCCCUCUUUUCUGCUCGCCUUUUUCUCCUCCGAUGCAUGGCCAGCGCAUGGGGGUCCCCGGGAGGCCUCUUCCCGUCUAUCUGAGUGUGACACCAUCAUAAUAAUGUACAAUAAAACGUGUUGUGAUCUUGC